AUGACAACAAGGCAGUGCUACAAUGGGGCCACUUGGAACGGAGAAGAAUGUGCCUGUACCCAAGGCUACUCUGGUUACCAGUGUCAGUCCCCCCUGGAAUACUUAUUCAUAGAAACCCCGGAAAAAAUCAAUGCCACUGUAGAACUGAGUGUAAAAGUAACGAACAGAAAUUUCACAGAAGACCUAAAUAAUGUAUCCUCCCCUAUAUACCUGAGUUUUGUUCAACUAUUCAAGAGUCAGAUGGAUAAAGCUUACAGGAGCAAAGACUUUCCAGAAUACAGAGGCGUGAUCAUUAGGAAACUACUCAAAGGCAGCGUCGUGGUGGAACAUGAAGUCGUCAUGGAGGCAGACUUCACUUCAGAGUUUCAGGAGCUGUUUGCAAACCUCACUAAGAUCAUAAAGGCCAAGGUUAUGAAUGAGACCAGAGAGCUAUCCAGUAAUUCUAAAGAGUGCAAAAACACCUCACUCCUGUGCUACAGUGAGGAGGACACCUUCGUGAAUGAGACCGUGAAGCUCGGCUUUGACCUGCAAGAGCAAUGCACUCAGAAGGCUGCGAAGGAAUUAGCUCAAUUCUACUAUGUGGAUGUUCUGGAUGGGAAGCUGGCCUGUGUGACCAAGUGCACCCCGGGGACGAAGUCGCAAAUGAACUGCCACCACGGCAGGUGCCAGCUUCAGCAAAGUGGCCCCCAUUGCCUGUGCCUGAACUCGGACACGCACUGGCACUGGGGAGAAAACUGUGAAUUUAGCACCAGGAAAAGCAUGGUGUAUGGGAUCGUAGGGGCCGUGGUGGUGCUACUGGUGGUCUCGGUGGUGGUCCUGGCCAUCUUACUCAGCCAAUCCCAGAGAAGACUGCACAGGCAAGAGCACGGCCUGUUUCGAGCCUGGCAAGAAGAAGAUGUCCUUGGCAAUUUCCAGAACACAGGCGUCUGGGAAGGUCAGAAUCUGCAGGGGGACACGUUUGGCCUUGAAAAUGUCUACAGCCAUUUCCAGCCUUCCCUGCAGAGCGUGGACCCCACCACAGAGCUCCACAUUCAGAGGCCCACGGUGGUGACAACUGCUCAGUGA